AGGCCCAUCCAGGUUUCUCCUCAUCUCUCAGGCUCACUUCUGGCUCUGGACAACUGAAACUCGGGCCCUGUUAUUAUCAUUCAUCUGGAUCUAAAGGCAAUGAUAAAUGGACGGUCAGACAACGAGCAGCCUCACCUAGUUUCACUGGUGCUUCAGUCGAAGAAGGCAUUGCAACAUGGUGAACAAUUAUGUUCGCGGGCACGAUCUCUGUCUUCGACCUCUGCCGAAACUGCGGGGGACGUCAUAGCCCUCGAUGCUAAGCUUCGAUGGGUGACCAGCGCUGUAAUCGAACAAUUGAAGUUAGCUGCGAGCGUAGCGAAAAGCAUUGAGCUGAAACGAACAGAGUUGGAGAAUCAAGCCAAAGAAUGGGACAAUUCGCGAGCACAACGGUCCGAGGCUCUCGACUCUAUACUGGAAUCCCUAGGCUCUCAAGUUAUUCCUCCAGAUUUUCACUCUACCUCGUCUGACUCUUCGAUCUUUGGAAGUCAAGAUGGCUCCGACGAUGGAGAUGAAGACAUUUCUGGUCCGUUUGCUGACUCAUUGCCCGGGCGAAGUCCCACGGAGACGCUCCGCAAUGUCCUCGUGCAUGGUGUUCCGAAUCAUCAUGCUGCGCGCAUGAGGGACCGUUCCAAGUGGAAGACCCUCAGAGACUUUGUAGACGAACACGCUGUGAAUGACCUACUGGAGAGCUUAGAAGGCGAUCGUAAUAUUCUCGAUGACAUUCUCUCCCGAACCUCUGACUAUCCAGAGUCCCUUGCAAACACCAUUUCCGCUAUUCAAGCCACCUUACCUGUUGAUCUGGCGCUGCCGUCUUUGGACAUCAUAUUCUCCACACAGGAGACUGCAUUGGCAGAGAUGGCUAAACAUCUUACCAGUCUCGCUGAGCAUUACGAUCAGAUGGCAAGUGCUUUGCGCGACAACGAGGCUGGAGAGGUCUUUUCUAGAGAGGAUAUCCAAGAGAUGAACCGUGACACGGAGGAACUUCCAGCUAUCAUAGCUGAUUUGGAGCACAGUGUUUCUUCCGUAGCGUCUUCCCACGAGCAGCUAGUCGCGGCGAAGCAACAAGCGGAGAGUAAUCUGACCACGCUCAAGGGUGCACUUUCUGACCUGGAUGAACUGAGCGACAUUAUGGCUGAGAUGUUGGACCGACAAGAGGCCGUCCAGAUCGAGGUUUCGGAACAUUUGACUGAGAUGCACAAUAGCUUAGUCUCCGUUGAAGAGCUGUGUCAUCGCUUCACGUCUUACCAGUAUUCCUACAACCAAUUACUCAUGGAGCUUUCGCGCCGACGGAGAUACAUGGAAGCUGCAGAGAAGAUCAUUGCGGGCAUGAUGUCGCAACUGACGGCCCUUACUGAAGAAGAACGUCUUCGCAGAGAAGAGUUCAACACCGCCCACGGUGAACACCUUCCUUCCGAUGUGUGCUUGUUUGUCCAGAACCAUCCGACGAGGUGGGAGAUUGUAACAGGGAAUAACGAAGCUCUGGAGGUCUUACCGGAGAUAGAUGCCGAUUUACUGGCAGAGGCUAAUUCGCGACUGGCCACUGCGGCUGGAAAUUCAUUGCGCAUUUCUACACAAUAUAGCAGACAACCUCUUAGCCAACCAGUGUAUUUGUGAACUUCGGACUGUUCGUCUUUUUGUCAGUCUUCACAGCUUGUUUGUUGGUCACUUCAGAAACGCAGUAUGAAGCUUACCUGUUUAUAGGGUAGCACUUGGUAUCAUUGUGUAGAUAGGAAUCCUCUCCUUUUCGACGCAACUUUCGGGCUGUGUCACUGACGCGUCCUGUCACACCGUGACAUGUCGCGUUAAUGGAGUCCUGCCACGCAUGUUUUCAGGCUUCCUCUUUUUACGCCAAGAGGAGUAAAGACCUCCAGUUCCCCUAUAUCACUUCACAAUGGGCAUUUCCCCGCCUAUGAUGGAUGGCGCAAGCAAUUUUGCUAUCGAGUCUUCAAACUAUCCAUUUACACGGAAGUCUGAAGAGGAGUUUGCUAUGUACAAGGAGAAGGAGUACGCCAAAUUGCGCGAUCGCGACGCGUAUAAACGUCCUAUAGAUAA